AUGGAUGGUGCAGAAGAAACGCCUGCGAUGGUGACGACCGUGAGAGCAGUUGUCGGAUCAAUGGCCGCGUUGACAUUAAUUGUCUGCACAACCAGAUUAUAUCUACGCGCUUUUGUGCGUAAAUCAUUUGGGGUCGACGAUUAUCUUGUUAUAAAUGCACUCAUAUGGGUAUUAUUCUUUUGCGCCCUAUCUAUAGCUCUUACUUUCUAUGGGAUUGGCUACCACCAGGUCGACGUACCUCCAGAAAAGCUGCUUAUGAUGGCAUAUCUCGUUUGGGUUUCCCUAAGCACAUAUCUUUUCGUUGCUGCGUCUGUCAAAAUUAGCCUGGUGGCUUUUAUCAUGCGCAUCUUUCCUGGAAAUUUCAUCCGAUACUAUGGCUACGGCAUUAUUGUCUUUUUGGCGGCUUUGACAAUAUCCGGAGAGCUUCUCAUGAUUCUGCAAUGCAGUCCUAUACGCGCCGCAUACGACAUAACUAUCACCGACAAGAAGUGUUUUACCCAAAACACUUUAUUCAAUAUUGAGAUGUACCAGGGUGUAGUAAUGUUCAUUGUUGAUAUUGCCAUCUUCACCAUGCCAAUCCCGAGUAUCUGGAGACUUCAGAUGCGACUGCAAAACCGGCUUGUGCUCAUUGGCUUAUUUUCUCUAGGCUUGGUUGCUUGCGCAGCGAGCCUGGCUCGGCUUCCAACUCUUGUUUCGUAUCAGAGUGAGAAUAAAGAUUUUGCCUCCUUGGACUAA